CCUGAGCCGCCACCCAGCCGACCUCGAUUGACGGACCCUGCGUUUGCAUUCCUCGCCUCUUAUCCUGUCUAUCGAUUUCAUCAUGCCUGCAAAGAAGCGCAAGAUUUCCGACUUCUCUGCUGCAGACUCUCGGUUAAUGUUGGAUGCCAUUGAGCAGUUUACCGGAAAGUUGGAUCCGGAGGAUACGGAGUCCCUAGAAGUGAUGCAACUCGCUCAAUCCCUCACCGCGAAGAUAUCUCAUAUACCGCAUACGGCGUUGUCCAGCGUCACCGCUCAGGACCUACGAGAGAUGAAGGUGUACGCUCUCUGGCUCGAUUUCAAGUCCGACGGUAAGGAGAAAGCUUGCGAGCGCGGCGCCGUGGAGGUCGAAGAUAACUUCCUAACACUCGAGGCGACCAAACAAUUGAUCAAGGUUGUCUUUGGCCACGUUUCCCGAUCGACUGAGGCCGGUUGUCGUAUCCUCACAGACAUCAUCCUACUUCGCCUGGCCACCGUCCUCAGCAAUGACGUGGAGCGUAUGUAUAUUCUCACUGAGUACCCAAUCCGUUCGGUGAAGCUGCACGAGAAGCGCAGCUUCGGGGGAAUCGUUGAUUACAUUCUCGCUAAGUACCCCACGAAAUCCCACACACGGAUCUUGCGCACGCCCAUGGAUGCGUUGGACGAUGCGACCUUCAGGAAGUUAGGGUCUGUGAAUAUCUUCGAGGCGAAAACCUUCCAACAGCUCGAGAAUGGCGUUCCGCAGUGUAUUCUAGCCAUGGCGUCGUGGUGUCGCCAAUCUGGAGGCGAAGAGGUCAUGCGUGGCGCUGCCACUACGGGCGAGCACUGGAUCUUUUUCGCCUACAAGCGAGGCGAACAAGCGAGUUACUACGCUAGGACUGAAGUUUACCAGAUCAACGACGACUUGUCCAAUCUCGACUGGAUUCUUGGAGUUAUUAUUGACUGGGUCGAGAACACGGGAGUGUAUGAUCCGUUUGAAUAUUUCCAGAUAACCGAUUAGCGGUCUCGGCUAUGGAUAGUUGUUGUCAAGGAGCUCUAUGUUUGUACGUUUGCAAGCAGUCAUCGGUGCGUAAUGUAUCGCCCGAAGCGCUUGAGCUGCGAGUUGUCCAGUCGGCGCUACAGGGUCUCGCAGCCGUAGUAGGGCUGGAGAUCUCGUCCUCUUCUUCUCGCAUAUGUGUUUGCUCAGCUACGCUCUCUCCUCUUCGCUCGGCAGCUUCAUCACUGGUUUCACGCGGCUGGCCAUGCUGUUCACUUACGAGGGAGGGCGACCUCGUAGUGGGCAGUAGCGGUCGCAAAGUAUAUUCUCCCAUCAUCGUACUGUCCGUGUUUCAUUCCGAUGUAACCUU